AGUGCUAUUGGUGCACAGAGACGGCUGAUCCACUCAUUCAACCUUGAUCGAGGAACCUACUGUCAGGGGAUUUUAUAACCACUGGAGCAUUAGAGUAGGAAACCACAGAUAUGUAGUAAAAUUUGUUUAUUGUCACGUGUAGAACAAAGUUGCUCCAGGUUGGUGAAGGGGUAUUAAAUGGACUAUGCACCACCAGCCCAGGAUGAUGUAUGUGUCUGCAGGGCUCUGUUUGCUGGCAUGUUUGAUUCUGACUGUAGACUUGACUUUGGGUUUGAGACCAAACAAAAACAUUGCAUUUACAUUCAUAUUACCUGCUGGUACGACAGAGUGUUUUUACCAAACCACAGUGAGAGAAGACAGCAUGGAAGUUGACUACCAGGUGAUAGCUGGGUCAGGUCUGGAUGUUGGCUUUGUCCUCAUCUCACCCAGCGGAUACCGACUGAUCUCUGACUUCAGGAGAUCUGAUGGCAUUCACAUGGUGGAUCCCACAGAGGAUGGGGACUACCGGCUGUGUUUCGACAACAGUUUCAGUAAACUAUCAGAGAAGAUGGUGUUCUUUGAGGUGAUCAUUAAUAGUCAAAGCAGCAUAGGUGGAGCCCAAGAUGAGUGGGUGGACAUGACUAUGAUGGAAAGCACGGGGUACAAACUGGAGGACAUCAGGGCUAAGAUAGACACUGUGUACCAGCACCUAGAGAGGACCCGCCAGAUCCAGACUCUGCUGCGGACCUUUGAGGCGAGGGACCGCUACCUUCUGGAGGAUAACCUGUGGCGGGUGUCCUUCUGGUCCUGCGUAAACCUGCUUGUCAUGCUUGCUGUUGCUGUCACUCAAAUCUACACCCUGCAACGCCUCUUUGAUAACACCAAGCGGGUCUGCACGUAGCCACAACAAACUGUUUCGUUGACCUCCAAUCCAAGAGAGCAGAAGAACCCGAUAGAAAGAUUGACCCAACACCUUUUGACUGAUGUGCCUUGUGAGCUGAAUUUUAGUGUUUUUUUGGUGUUCAUCAUGCACUGGGAACUUUUUUUUAUUGCUUCCAAAAAGAGCUUGUUGUUGUAUGAAUUCCAGACACAUCAACAGCUGAAAAUCAGAUUUAGUACUGCAAUAUGCAUACAAACACACACAC